GGGUCAAAUACAGAAUUUACUCACGCUUGGCUUCCUUGGAGCCUAGCGGCUCUCCCCACGUCCAAGAUGGCGGCAGAAGCAGCUUGUGGGAAAUACAGAAGCACAGUCAGCAAAAGCAAAGACCCCUCGGGGCUGCUCAUCUCUGUGAUCAGGACUCUGUCUACUAGUGACGAUGUCGAAGACAGGGAAAAUGAGAAGGGCCGCCUUGAAGAAGCCUAUGAGAAAUGUGACCGUGACCUGGAUGAAUUGAUCGUGCAGCACUACACAGAAUUGACGACAGCCAUUCGCACAUACCAGAGCAUCACAGAGCGCAUCACCAACUCCCGAAAUAAAAUAAAGCAGGUAAAAGAGAACCUGCUUUCAUGCAAGAUGCUGUUACACUGCAAACGGGAUGAGCUUCGGAAACUCUGGAUUGAAGGAAUUGAGCAUAAGCACGUCCUGAACUUGCUGGAUGAAAUUGAGAAUAUCAAGCAAGUGCCUCAAAAGCUGGAACAGUGCAUGGCCAGCAAGCACUAUCUCAGUGCUACUGACAUGCUGGUGUCAGCAGUUGAGUCUUUGGAGGGCCCUUUGCUCCAGGUGGAAGGACUGAGUGACCUUCGAUUAGAACUUCACAGCAAGAAGAUGAACCUCCACUUGGUUCUCAUAGAUGAACUGCACCGGCACCUGUACAUCAAAUCAACUAGCCGAGUUGUGCAGCGUAACAAGGAAAAAGGGAAAAUGAGCUCCCUUGUGAAAGAUGCUUCUGUUCCUCUGAUUGACGUUACAAACCUCCCUACUCCUAGAAAAUUCCUUGAUACCUCUCAGUAUUCUACUGCUGGAAGCUCAAGUGCAAGGGAGAUAAAUCUGCAGGACAUCAAGGAGGAUUUAGAAUUGGAUCCAGAGGACAACAGCACCCUUUUUAUGGGUAUCCUCAUUAAAGGUCUGGCCAAACUGAAGAAGAUCCCAGAGACAGUUAAGGCAAUCAUAGAGCGCUUAGAGCAGGAGCUGAAGCAAAUUGUGAAGAGGUCUACAACCCAGGUGGCAGACAGUGGCUAUCAGCGUGGGGAGAACCUUACUGUGGAGAACCAACCAAGGUUGCUUCUAGAACUGCUGGAGUUACUGUUUGACAAGUUUAAUGCUGUAGCCACUGCACACUCUGUAGUCCUGGGAUACCUGCAGGACACUGUAGUGACUCCGCUGACUCAGCAGGAAGAUAUCAAAUUGUAUGAUAUGGCAGAUGUGUGGGUGAAGAUCCAGGAUGUUCUACAGAUGCUGUUAACUGAGUACUUGGAUAUGAAAAAUACUCGUACGGCCUCUGAACCAUCAGCUCAAUUGAGCUAUGCAAGCACUGGACGUGAAUUUGCAGCCUUUUUUGCCAAGAAGAAACCUCAAAGGCCAAAAAAUUCUCUUUUCAAGUUCGAAUCGUCCUCCCAUGCCAUCAGUAUGAGCGCCUAUCUGCGAGAACAGAGAAGGGAGCUCUAUAGUCGGAGUGGAGAACUGCAAGGAGGUCCUGAUGACAACUUAAUUGAAGGCGGAGGAACAAAAUUUGUCUGCAAACCCGGAGCCAGAAACAUUACCGUCAUAUUCCAUCCAUUACUAAGAUUUAUUCAGGAGAUUGAGCAUGCCCUGGGUCUUGGCCCAGCCAAACAGUGUCCUCUUCGAGAGUUUCUCACCGUGUACAUCAAAAACAUCUUUCUCAAUCAAGUCUUGGCUGAGAUCAACAAGGAGAUUGAAGGAGUCACUAAAACAUCUGACCCUUUGAAGAUUCUGGCUAAUGCAGAUACCAUGAAGGUGCUGGGUGUGCAGCGUCCUCUCCUACAGAGCACAAUCAUUGUGGAGAAGACAGUGCAAGACCUCAUGAACCUGAUGCAUGACUUGAGUGCAUAUUCAGAUCAAUUCCUCAACAUGGUGUGCGUGAAGCUCCAGGAGUACAAAGACACCUGCACUGCAGCUUACAGGGGUAUUGUCCAGUCCGAGGAAAAACUUGUCAUCAGUGCAUCCUGGGCAAAAGAUGAUGAUAUCAGCAGACUCUUGAAAUCUCUACCAAACUGGAUGAAUAUGGCUCAACCCAAACAGCUGAGGCCAAAGAGAGAAGAGGAAGAAGAUUUCAUCAGGGCAGCUUUUGGCAAGGAGUCUGAAGUUCUUAUUGGGAACCUGGGUGAUAAAUUAAUCCCUCCACAAGACAUCCUUCGUGACGUCAGUGACCUCAAAGCCUUGGCCAACAUGCAUGAAAGCUUGGAAUGGUUGGCAGGUCGAACAAAGUCAGCUUUCUCCAAUCUUUCCACAUCCCAGACGCUUUCUCCUGCUCAAGACACCCACACGAACAUGGAUCUCCCCCCAGUGUCAGAGCAGAUCAUGCAGACUUUGAGUGAACUUGCAAAAUCGUUCCAGGAUAUGGCUGACCGCUGCUUGCUGGUCUUACAUCUGGAAGUGAGGGUUCACUGUUUCCACUAUCUCAUCCCUCUUGCAAAGGAAGGGAACUAUGCCAUUGUGGCUAAUGUGGAAAGUAUGGAUUAUGACCCCCUGGUGGUCAAGCUCAACAAAGAUAUCAGUGCCAUUGAAGAGGCCAUGAGCGCCAGCCUCCAGCAGCACAAGUUCCAGUAUAUCUUCGAAGGCCUGGGACACCUGAUCUCCUGCAUCCUCAUUAAUGGUGCCCAGUACUUCAGGCGCAUCAGUGAGUCCGGCAUCAAGAAAAUGUGUAGGAACAUUUUUGUUCUUCAGCAGAAUUUGACCAACAUCACCAUGUCGCGGGAGGCCGACCUGGACUUUGCCAGGCAGUACUACGAGAUGCUUUACAACACAGCCGAUGAGCUCCUGAACCUGGUGGUGGACCAGGGUGUGAAGUACACGGAGCUGGAGUACAUCCACGCCCUGACCCUGCUGCACCGCAGCCAGACGGGGGUGGGGGAACAGACCACCCAGAACAUGAGGCUGCAGCGGCUCAAGGAGAUCAUCUGCGAGCAGGCUGCCAUCAAGCAAGCCACCAAGGACAAGAAGAUAACUACCGUUUAACAGCGCACACUGUGGUUGGUGGCGGGGGUCCCCUCAGUCACACUCACUUUUUUCCUUGGUAUGUUAUUGGGUAUAAUCUGAGCUUAGUUUUCUCUACACUGAUGCUUUAGUGGAGAGGAGGUGUAAGGAUUUUUUUUCUCUCUAGCUUUGGCUUUUCAUAUAAAUGCUAAAGGAAGGCUAUAGUACAGAGUGUUUGGGUUGAACUAUUUUAAUGCAGUCAAGACUAACGGGAUGGGUGGGAUAGGGAGGAAGGGGGUAUCAAAUGUUUAGACUCUGAAAUACACGUGGAUGGAUUACUAAUGAACAUUUCCUUUAUUACUCAGUAUUUAUAUAAUUUCAGCCUUGGAAAGUAGACUGCUACCUACGUUCUAGUCCCUUCCCAAAACCAUUUAAUUGAGUCCUAUUACAUAAACCGUGGGAGUUUUUCCUUUCCUGACCUUAUCAGUUUACAUUUCAAUGAAAUAAGUGUAUGUGCAUUGUUGUCUGUCUCUAUUGCCAAAAUCAAAUAAAUGGCUUCUCAGCUGGC